AUGUCUCCUGUGUACAGUAUACAGAAAGAUACAGAAAGCGGCCCAGGCGGCACGUCCAGCACCCCGAGCGGGCGUAGCAGUUCGGGCGGUGGUGGCGGCAGCGGUGGCGUCGUCAGCUCGGCCGAGUCGACGUACCUAAUAGAACACCUGGCGACCUUCACGGUGACCAAGGACACGGGCAUUGUCUACCCGGCGGACGGCAUGAGGCGACUGCUCCAGCUGGAAAAGAGCAACGGCAUCUGGAGCCAAAAAAUGCAGAUGCGGCUCGAACGAAAUUGGGUCCUCAUCAUGGACAAUGAGACCGGGGCGGUGAUGGAGAGAUUCCCAGCGGCGCUGAUCCAAGAACCCACGGCCUUCACGUCCCGCGACCCGAUGGAGAUGUACAACAACAUCCUGGUGUUCACGGUCGUCGACGACAGCAGCGCUAACAACCAGCGCGCCGAGAUGCAUAUCUUCCAGUGCCAAAGUGUAUCCUCGGAGUGCCUCGUCGAGGAGCUCAAGAUGCUGCAGGCCGGCAAACUCGUGACCGGCGGCUCGCCCCGUACCUCCCGCUCCCACAUCCCACCGCCCCCUGCGCUACCGCCCCCCGAACCGCCCCUCAACGGAGUCAACGCCAACAAUGACGGGCACCACCAUCACCAUCACCACGAGGACACGUCGCGGGAGGAGAACAACGACGAGGUGUCGUCGACCUCGUCGGACAAGUACGAGCGGGACGUGACGAUCCUGAACCACUGCUUCGACGACAUCGAGAAGUUCAUAGCUCGGCUGCAGCACGCGGCCGCGGCGUCCCGGGAACUCGAGCGCCGUAGGCGCAACCGCAAGUCGAAGAAGCGCAAUCUCGGCGACGGUAUGCUCACCAUGAGGGCCAAGCCGCCCCCGGAGCUCGAGUUCGUCGACAUAUUCCAAAAGUUCAAGCUGUCGUUCAACCUGUUGGCCAAACUCAAGGCCCACAUCCACGACCCGAACGCCCCGGAGCUCGUGCACUUUCUCUUUACCCCGCUCGCCUUGAUCGUCGACGCCUCGCACGACACCAACUACGACCAGAACCUGCCGAGUAAGGUGGUGUCGCCCCUGCUGACCCGCGAGGCCGUCAACCUUUUGAUGAAUUGCGUGACGAGCAAGGAGACCGAGUUGUGGCACUCGCUGGGUGACACGUGGCUCGUGCCUCGGGAACAAUGGAAGGGCCACGAGCCCCCGUACCACCCGGUAUUCAUGGACGGCUGGUCGCCGGACUGCCCGAUGCCGGACGAGAGAGAUCACAACGACCAUCUGGCCUCCCUCCUCAACGCCGACAAGCGCAAGAGGGACGACAUACCCGACCACCAGAACGACCCUUACUACGGCCACAGGGAGGCGGAGGAGUCACACUACAGCAGCGACUACCUGGAUUACGAGAGCCGCGAGGACCGGGCGAACCAGGAGUACUUUGAUCGAGGCUACGAUCGGGGCUCGGAGCUUUACGGCCGCGAGGAACAACGUGAGCGUGAGCGGGACCACCGUGAGCGUGAGCGAUUGGAACAAGCGCGUGCUCACAGUGACAUAUCCGUAGAUUCGAUCGAACGGAGCGGCCGGCCGGCCGGGGGUGGCGGUGCAAGCGUCGGUGGAGGAGGAGGAGGUGGCGGGGUCAUGCCAGGCGAAAGGGCUCAGGAGGCCUGGAUGGACGAGCUCGUGGCACGGCGGGCAAAAAUCGUCCAGGUGACCUAUCCACGCACCGCUAACAACGACAAGGAGCUGACUGUCGUUAGGGGCGAGUACCUCGAGGUCCUCGACGACACUCGCAAGUGGUGGAAGGCUAGGAAUUCGCGCGGCCAGGUCGCCCACGUGCCCCACACUAUUGUCACGACCCACAACCCGUCCGCCUCGCCCGACAACGACAACUUCAACAAUCCCCUCUACGCGGGUAGAUAUCAGAGGCAAUCCCACGGCUACAAUUACGAGGAUUCGGAAAUCGAUGGUGCCAAUACUAGUCCUGGAUCGGAAAUGAAUCACCGAACCCACACUAUUCCACCGCCAGCCCCCGCGGAUUGGGUACGCAAGGAACGACUCGGCAAGAAAGGUGAUAAUUCCGAUUCUGAUAAAAACAGCACUAAUGAUGUUGCAAGUACAAUUUUAUUGAACCAAUCUAUACCGCCGACUCCACCUCCGCUACCAGUGUUACCAUUACCGCAUGUAUCCACACAUAAAAAAAGGCCCCCGUUGUCCAUGAUUACGACAACCACAGCGGAAGUGCAUAAAUCCGAGGAACCGAUAAUACCAAAAAAAGAGAGGAAUCAACGAGAGCAAGUACACGAGGAGCUCAAAUCCGUUUUAACGAGAAUUCGUGAGAGAAAAAAAAACCUUGACGUAGGAACGAAUAAUAACAACAACACCAACGGCAAGAACAACGUUGCAUGUUAUGCGUUUCAAACAUGGAAUGAUAAGAGAAUGAACAGGAGGUAUGAAAAUAAAAAGUUAUCAAUACUUUAUUAUAGGUGUAUUAAUUUUCAAAUAAAUCUUUUUUACAUUGGGUACUUAAUUGGAAAAAGAAUUUCAAUUUCCUCGUAAUUUAGUUAAAAGACAUUAAGU